CAUCUAUGUAGUAAUUAAAAUAAGAAUACAUAAAAGCAUAUCAAGCAAUGGUGUGGGGUUAUCAAAGGAGUAAAAGCAUAAAUUCCAAGAGCAGCGAGAGUGCCACGUGUCAACCACUGAUUACAUAAUCCACAGAUUUUUACUGCCCGUCCCUGAUUUCUUUCUCCACUAUAAAAUCUCUUAUCCAUCGCUCACAAUCUCUUGUGCACUUUUCUGUUACUCGAAAUCAUCAAAUUAUAGUAUUCAAUCAAACACAGUAAUCCCAAUUCCUCCAAUUUUCAAAUCACAGCAAUCAAUCAAGAGCAGCUCAUCCUCCGGCGAUGGAUGAAAGGGAUUGGAGUGAGCUGAUACCGGGUCUACCGGAAGAAAUCGGGCUGGAGUGCCUGACCCGGAUGCACUACUCGGGGCACCGGGUGGCUUCCUGCGUGUGCAGACGGUGGCGCCACCUCUUCCAGAGCAAGGAUUUCUACUACCACAGGAAGCAGACGGGGUUCACACACAGAGCGGCGUGCUUGGUCCAGGCCCUCCCGGCGCAAUCGGGGUCGAAACCGACGGGCCAAGCCAGGUACGGGAUAUCCCUAAUCGACCCGGCGACGCAGGGGUGGGAGCGGGUGGAGGCGGUGCCCAAGUACCCGGAGGGGCUGCCCAUGUUCUGCCAGCUGGCGAGCACGGAGGGGAAGCUGAUCCUGAUGGGGGGGUGGGACCCGUCGAGAUGGGAGCCCGUGAGGGACGUGUUCGUUUACGAGUUCACGACUCGGAGGUGGACUCAGUGCGCCGACAUGCCGUCGACUCGGUCGUUCUUCGCGAUGGGGGCGGCGGAGGGGAAGGUGCUGGUGGCAGGGGGCCACGACGAGAGCAAGAACGCGUUGCGGUCGGCGUGGGCCUUCGAUGUGAAGGAGGGGGUGUGGUCGGAGUUGAGCGGGAUGAGCGAGGAGAGGGACGAGUGCGAGGGGGUGGUGAUGGGGUCGGAGUUCUGGGUGGUGAGCGGGUACGGGACGGAGACGCAGGGGGUGUUCAAGAGCAGCGCGGAGGUGUAUGAUAUGAGGACGGGGGAGUGGAGGCGGGUGGAGGGGGCGUGGCCGGUGAGCCGCUGCCCGAGGUCGUGUGUGGGGGUGUCGGGGGGGAAUUCUCUCAUCUGCUGGGCGGAGGCGGAGACGGAGGCGCCGGUGCAGGUCGGGGUGGACGUCGGGGAUUGGACGGUGGUGGCAGGGGCGGCCUAUCAGGGGGCGCCGCACGGAUUCUAUGUGAGGGAGAAAGGGCAAGAGGGUAAAUUCACCAAGGUCAGUGUGUGCGAUGACUACUCUGGGUAUGUGCAAUCGGGGUGCUGCGUUGAAGUUUAAUUAAGUACUCCUACUACUUUAUAAUCAAAGUCAGCUUUUUACACAUACAGUGAGGGAUGUUUGAUCAGAAAACCAUUUCAAGAGAGCUGAGAUAAUUUGCCAAAACAAAAUUCAGUUAAUGUCAGUUAUGGAUCCUGAAAUCUAAUUUCUUGAUGUUCGACAAUAGAAAGGGACGGAAUGGCGAGGUGUGGAAGAUUGCCUGGUGUUCCGAGAAAUGGCGACCUUAGAUAUAUUGCUUGCCAUACAUUCUGGAACUGCAAAUCUGUCUUAGUCUGAAAAGAACACAGUUGUUGCAGCCUUAAUGGCUUCAUUCACAUACAAUUUCAGCUCCUGAAUCAAAGCUACCUUCUAUUCUACCCAACUUGAGAGUUGUUCUUCAGUUGAAGUUACCAUUGUAUGAAACAGCAGGUACUCCAUAAGACACUGCCACAGGGUCUGAUCCGAAUUCACAAGACACAAAGAAGUAGUGUUCCAAGGAAGAGUACUUCAGUUUGAAAGCCCACCCUCCUCCAUUGUUGCUAAAUCAAAAUGCAUCCAUGUUUCUUUCUUCUCAUUUAUAUGAUCACCAACACUGGGAAUAAGUGUUUUUAUAUUACUCAGUGGCCAAAACAAAA